GGCUGCCGGCGCUGCCUCCCGCUGCUGCGCGGUGGCCGGAGCGGGGCGCGGAGCGGCGGCGCGGUCGGCCGCGGGUGCGGACCAUGGGCUGGCGGCUGCUGCCUGCCGUCCUGCUGACUCUGGCUCUGGCCGGCCCUGCGGCGCGGGCGCAGAACGACACCGAACCCAUCGUCCUGGAGGGCAAGUGCCUGGUGGUCUGCGACUCCAACCCGGCCACCGACGCCAAGGGCUCGUCCUCCUCCCCGCUGGGUAUCUCUGUGCGGGCGGCCAACUCCAAGGUCGCCUUCUCGGCAGUGAGGAGCACCAACCACGAGCCCUCCGAGAUGAGCAACAAGACGCGCAUCAUCUACUUCGACCAGAUCCUAGUAAAUGUGGGCAAUUUUUUCACAUUGGAAUCUGUCUUUGUAGCACCAAGAAAAGGAAUUUACAGUUUCAGCUUUCAUGUAAUUAAGGUCUAUCAGAGUCAAACAAUUCAGGUUAAUUUGAUGCUGAAUGGAAAGCCAGUUAUUUCUGCUUUCGCUGGGGACAAGGAUGUCACACGUGAAGCUGCCACUAAUGGAGUCCUGCUCUAUCUGGACAAGGAGGAUAAAGUUUACCUGAAAUUGGAGAAAGAGAAAGCACCUUGAGACAGAAGUCUUGGCUUCACUAAGGAGCAGAAUUGAUUCUGGCGUCUGUCCCGCAUACCUGCAAUCCAGCUCAGAAGCUCAGUACGGCAGUAGAACAGUUCAUUAUGCUGGCAGCUCCCUCUGCGCAGUGGUGGAAACAGCCACGGGGCAGCCUCACCUGGCACUGCAGACGCAGACUCUGAUAAUGAGAUGCAUUUUCAUCAGAGGAAGGUUAGUGCUGGUGGUGGAGCGUUUUCCUGGAUCAAGCAGGCUCGAUGUGGCUCCUCCAGAGCCUCUCAAGAACCCUGGCAGAGCCAACCAGCCUUUGCAAGGCUCCAAGCUAUGGCAGGUUGCAAAAUUUUACUGGGAACAAUUCCCUACCAGGAAUCACCAUUUGAAUUCAAUUACUGUGCGCAAAAAGCAGAUGCUUUAGACGAGAUGUGAUGAUCUUUUUUUUUCAGAGGAGAGAACUGUUUUGUGUCACAAAGCUUUUGUAUUUUAUCUUGCACCCAUUUGGAAGCUUGCAUUGGUUCAACUCAGGAGGGAAAAGAAUCAAGAUGAAGAAUUAAAUUGGAUGUUUUGAAAUAAUUAUUUGCAACUAAAACGUUUAGACUGCUCUAAAGUUACGUUUGUCAGCAGGAUUUUGUCUUGGUGAGAAUGAUACAAAGUUGGGGGUUCAUUCAGAUUUUUAUUAUCAUCUUUCCACUUCUUUCUGUUUUUUAAGUAGAAAGUGAAGCAAGCAAGCUUUCUUUUCAGCCUAUCAGCUGAUUUACUAAACUAUACAGAGCUGUCUGCUGAAAAACUCUGUGCAAAGAUUUCAUGAACUUUGGGAGCUUUAUUUCAGAAUGGAACUUUAAUGUCAAGGGGUAUGUUGUUUUCAGGGAGGAUCAAACAUCACAGCUUUCCUCUGAGGAGAAAACCUGAACUGUUAGGAUGAAACAUUUCCCUGAAGACUCAUAUUAGCGUUCAAGUUCAGUGAAAUUUUCAUGAAGACCUUUGACAUUUUAGGAUUAGGGUGUGGAAAUACUCUUUUCUUUGUGCCUACAACAUAACUCCACUUUCUUAAUGUGGUGGUGGUGGCCAGCCUAUUAAAUGUGAUUAAGCUUCUGAUGAAUUCAAAUUCUCUUAGUCUUGAAGCUGCUGAAAACUUGCUAAGUGCUGAGUGGCCAAGAGCAUAGUUAGCCCCUUCAGAACUGAGGGAGGCAGAUAUUUGUCCUGUCACUGCUUGCCUUUUGGGCAACAUACUUCCUCCUUUCCUUUCCUCUUUGCAGGUAUGCAGCCAAUCAGCAAUAUUAAAGUAUUUUAAUAUUUAAA